AUGAUCAAUACCGGGUAAGAAAAGCUUAAAUUAUAGUCAAUGCAAUUUUAGUAAAUUCGCGGGGAAAACGGUGGUAAUUUCGGGUGGAUCGAGAGGAAUCGGCCAGGCUAUUGCUAUUAAAUUGGCUAAGGAUGGAGCUAAUGUUGCUAUCUUGGCGAAAACCACGACUCCUCAUCCAAAACUUCCAGGAACUAUCUAUACCGCUGUGGAGGAAAUUGAAAAGGUAAGUCGAUCGCAUUUCCGUGUAUAAUAAGUUGUGGAAUCCCAUAAUCUUUCCUUUAGGCCGGUGGAAAAGGAUUACCUUGCAUUUGCGACAUUAGAAGCGAAGAAAGUGUUCAGAAAGCAGUUGAAGAAACUGUCAAGAAAUUCGGUGGAAUUGACAUUUGCAUCAACAAUGCUAGUGCCAUAUCCGUGACCGGUACUGUACAAACCCCCAUGAAGCGAUAUGACCUGAUGAAUCAAGUGAAUGCUCGGGGAACUUUCCUUUUGUAAGUCUAAUUUCGUAUGUUGUAAAUAAAAUGUUAUAUCCUAAGAUGAGAAUCACCGUCUUUAUUGUGUUUUAUAGGUCUCAAAAGUGCAUUCCUCAUCUGAAGAAAGCCGAGAACCCCCAUAUCUUGACUCUUUCCCCACCUCUUCUCAUGAAUAAGGUCUGGUUUCAACAUCAUGUUGGUAAGUGUGAUAUACGGGUGAGAGAUGUUGUUGCACUGUUUGUGCUUUAUCAGGGUAUGACCCCUAUCUUUUCAGCCUACACCAUUGCCAAAUACGGAAUGUCGAUGUGUGUUCUCGGAAUGCACGAAGAAUUUCGCCCCGACGGAAUUGCCGUGAACGCCCUCUGGCCAAAAACUGCGAUCUGGACCGCAGCUAUGGCCAUGCUAAGUGGAGGCGGAGAUGCGAGUGGAACCAGGACUACGGACAUCGUUGCUGACGCUGCCUAUGCUGUUUUGUCCAAAAAUUCGCGCGAAUUCACUGGAAAUUUUGUGAUCGAUGAAGAAAUUUUGCAGAAAGAAGGCAUCACGGAUCUGGAACAAUAUGCGGCUGUGAAAGGUAAGGGUUUGAAGUGUUGUUUGACGAAGUAGAGGUAAUGUUGUGAGGGGCAAAGAUGUUGGAAAAGGGUGCUUUUUUGCUAAUGCGAGGUUUCUAGGUGCUCCAUUGUUGCCGGACUUUUUUGUCCCUGGUGGAGAAGCGUCAUACAAGCCUGACACUCUUCAGAAGAAGUAGAAGACUUCUUUGUUUGGAAUACACAUAUCAAAAUUUAUAAAUGUAGCUAUAAAUAAAUUACCUUAUACAUGAUGAUUUUCGAUAUUUUUGAAUAAUAUUAUGUGGAUACAGGGUGGGCCGUACGGAAAUUCCCUUUGAAAUGUCAUAGUGCUCCUGGGCUUGAUUUGAUAUUGUCUCGUCUGUUUUUGCGAGCAAAGUGACUGGUGCUGCCUUAUUAUUUAUUUUGAUUAUUAAUUUCAGGUGCUCCUCUAAAACUCGAUGUCUUUGUUCCCGGCGAAGAGGCUAACUACGGCCCUAAGCACUUCUCUAAAUAG